AGACUCUUCUGCAAGCAGCACAAUGAAGGCCACGAUCCUCCCUCUCCUCCUCGUAGGACUUCUUGCCAUCUGGGCAGGGAUGCCAGACGCAACUGAAGCAAAAGACAUCUGCCGGCUCCCUGCCGAAGUGGGUCCCUGCCUUGCCCUUAUUCCCCGCUGGUUCUACAACUGGAAGGCCAAGGAAUGUCAAAAAUUCGACUACGGAGGCUGCGGAGGGAAUGCAAACAACUUCAAGACUCUAGAAGAAUGUCAACGUGCAUGUGGCGGGAGGGGCUGAGCCAGCCAUGGUGACCGCAGCACACACGCGUUCUGGCCAGAGUUUGUCCGCUGCCCAGGACGGCAUCACUGCCUGCUUCCGUGGGAGGAGAAGAGCAGGCGGCUCAUCGUCCAGACGUGAUGCAAUUGUGUGUGUUAUUAUAACGGGCAAUAAAAAACCAAUAUGAAAA